AUGUGGGCGGGGCUUAUGAAUUAUGAAGAAGGGACAGAGCYGGGUCCAUUUGAUGAGAAAGUGGUUCAGGUUCGGUAUGAUCCAUGCCGGUCAGCCGAUAUAGCUCUGGUAGCGGGAGGGAAGYGGAAACGCUGGAUCAUUGCAACAGAAAACAUGGAAGUUGGCGACAUCAUCAAAACGUCAGGACACAUAGGCAGGAUGGCAGUCUCAGCUAAAGAAGGAGAUGCAUAUCCUGUUGGAGCUCUGCCAGUAGGGACUCUAAUAAACAACUUGGAAAGUCAUCCUGGGAAAGGAGCACAGUAUAUUCGAGCAGCAGGCACCUGUGGUGUAUUGUUAAGGAAAGUAAAUGGAACAGCCAUCAUACAGUUGCCCUCCAAGAGACAAAUGCAGGUGUUGGAGACUUGUAUGGCUACUGUGGGCCGAGUUUCAAAUAUCGACCACAACAAGCAAAUCCUUGGAAAAGCGGGUCGGAACCGGUGGUUAGGAAAACGGCCAAGCAGUGGCCUGUGGCAGCGGAAAGGAGGGUGGGCAGGGCGCAAGAUCAGACCCCUGCCACCCAUGAAGAGCUAUGUGAACCUGCCCACACCGAAUACACGUUGAAAUCUAGGUGCCUCCUAUCAGUGAGGAUUUGGUCAAUAAAGCCUUUCUGUUUUUGAAAAAAAAACAAAAAAAACACAA